AUGACCUCCCUUAAUUCCCGGCGAUGCUAACCCACUCAGAGGCAGCGAGGCUUCCGUUACGCCUCCUUAUUUCUCCCCCAAAGAGACAAAGAGAGAGCGAGAGAGGGAGAGAAUUAGGGUAAGGGUUCCCAGAAACUCUCUCUCUCUUUCUCUCAUUUCUCUUUCUCCGUCGCAAAAUGUCUUCGGGCCAAACGCCGGAAAUCUCCCCGCGCGAAAACGACGACGCGCAGGAGCUCUUCUUCGCGAACAGAGGCUGCUGCCUAUGUGUUCCGUGCUUGGGCUCCGGGCGAGGCUCCACCGUCGGAUCGGUGUGGUGGGAGCGGAUUCGGACGGCGGAGAGCGAGGACCGGUGGUGGACCCGGGGGUGGAAGAGGCUCCGGGAUUGGUCGGAGCUCGUGGCAGGUCCGAAAUGGAAGACCUUCAUCCGCAGGUUCAACAAGAACAAUAACAACAACUAUAGGCAGGUGAAAUUCCACUACGACCCUCUGAGUUACGCCUUGAACUUCGACGAGGGCCCGGGGCAGAACGAUCAUUUCGACGACGACUUUCUCGGCCGAGACUUCUCGUGCCGGUACGCCGCGAUCCCGGCCUCGGCCAAGUCGUCGAUGGAUUUGGGGAGGGAAGGGCCGGCUUUCACGUGACGCGUACCUGACGUAAGAGAACGAGCGGGCGGUUUUUUCGAAAUUGUCGGCGGUUUGGUUCGCUGCGCCGCGCGUAGAGAGCGCAGUACCGAUUUUGGUGGAGAAACUCGUGGUGGUUGGCUGGUUGACUUUUUUUUUUUUAAUCUAAUUUAUGGCACGCUGGCGUAGAUAACACGUGGCGCGCGCUAGAUUUUUUUUUUGUUUUGUAUUGCGAAAUGUAAUAAUGUAUUUAUUUUUAUUUUAUUUUAUUUUUUCUGUUCAGAAUAAUCUA